CAAUUCAACACAUGCUUCUAUUUGAUAUUCAUCUAUUCAACCCCUCGUCCCCAAAAAGCAACCUGCUUGAAUAGGCAAAUCUGGCUGGAUUGAUGUAUUUAUUACCCUGAUUUUCCUCGCCUUCUCUGUCCUAUACUAUCGUCUUUCUUCGUCCCCUUCAUCUUGUACCAAGAACUUGAUUCUCAAUGAGUGAAUGAGGGGACGAUUGCGCCUCAACCUUGAAUCACGGACUUGAGCUCCAAAUUAUACCUACCUCUUUAUUCAUAAGGAUCGCACAAGCGGACAAACUUUUGGAGUCGGUGGGGUCAAAACAUUCAUUCUAAGAAUGUCUCUGAACCUUGAGAAACAGCUCACCUUUGUAUGUCUAGCUGUUAGCUGUCUAGCUGGUAUUAGGACUCCACAGGAUAAGUGCUAAUGUUGGAUCUAGUACGGAGCCUACCAUCAUAAUCCUACAAAUAUCCUCAUUCAUAUGACAUGUGUGCCCUUAAUUUUGGCUACCAGUCUUUUCCUCGUAUGGCCCCGAACUCUCCGCGAUCUCUUACUGGGGACAAACGGCAUGCUGACAAUGUACCGAUAGUGCUCCAACAGUCCUACAUUAAUACCUCUACCAUCAUGGCUUACUAUUCCGAAUUUACCUUUAAACUUCAGCACGAUUGGAUCAAUCCUCUAUAGUGGGUUUUAUAUUCUCCUCGAACCUGUCGCAGGCAGUAUCCUUCUCCCAUUUAUCAUCGGAUGGACCGCAUUCUCGAAUCAUCUCCUUGCUACAUCCUCAAAUACUACUUUGGCAAACCAAAUCGCUGGUGCCGUGUUCCUUGUCUCAUGGAUUAUGCAAUUUAUCGGACACGGCACUUUUGAGAAGCGUGCCCCUGCAUUGCUUGACAACCUUGUACAGGCACUAGUUCUGGCUCCAUUUUUCGUAUUCAUGGAGUUGCUAUUUAUCUUCGGGUACAGGCCAGAAUUGCAGAAACGGAUUGACGUUGCUGUGGAAAAAGAGAUUAUAAAAUUCAAAUCUGAACAGUCCAACGGCGCCGUCAAGAAGGAUAAAGACAAUUGAAGUAUGACAUAGUACCGCAAAUGUGGCACAAAACGAGGCAACGCAGACGGAGCAUGAGGCGGGGUGGAGAAGGAGACGGGGAAAUGAUUGCAAUACUGGGGUUGGCAGUUUAUUUUGAAGGUCAACGGAACUGACCUUACAUUGGUCUUCAAGUUCAGAAUAGGUUUCGAAGGAAGCGAGGUUCAUCCGGAAGAAUAAUCCGAUUUGGUGGAGUUAAUUUGAGGUGCGAGGAGUUUUCUACUUUCUUAUACCAGCGAGUUUUUGAUAUGCAGAGAAUACCAUCUUCAAUCCCUCGAAUAAGUUCCAUCAA